AUGUCUUUAGUAACUGCAAAGGCAGAAGUUGGAGCAUUGGAUGCAUGGGGACGAACACCACUUCAUUAUGCUGCUGCAUUCGAUCAAGAUGGAAGGAUAGUUGAGUAUUUUUUGCAUAAUAAUGUGGGUGCAACAUGCAGAGAUAAUGAAGGAUAUACACCAACACAUUAUUCUGCAUUCUAUGGAAAAAGGGCUUCACUGGAAAUUCAGUUGCUGAAAUUUUUCCUCCUGGCUUUAGUUAUAGCAGAAUCAACAAUACUAAUCUCAAAUACAGUCAAACUUUUGGUCUUCUUUGUAGAUCAGGAUGUUGGAGUCGAUUAA